AUGGCUCCGCCAUCAUCACCGCCACCACCACAGCAAGGCACCAAGAGAGGUGCAGAAGACGACGACGACGACAAGCACGGCGCAAAGCGCCCACGACAAGACUCGGCCGCACCAGCAGCCACCACAGCACCACCACCGCCACCAAAAGGCACCAAGCGCAAGUCGCAAGACGCGGGAGGUCGCUCCUCCAAGCAGCAGAAGACAGGCGGCACCUCUGCUCGACAACUCGAGUUGUUGAGAGAGAACCUCUUCUUGCUGGAGGAGCGACGCGACCGCGUCGCGGGACAGUACCAGGACUUGCCGCUUGCGGUCCGCAGAGACGUGCGUCACAUGCACGGCAACGAGCAGUUUGUGUUGGCGGCACUACUGCAGCACAUCACAACGCCAUACGCCGCAGCAGCACUGCCGGACGUCGAGGCAGAGCUGCCGAUCGCGGAGUUGUGCCCGCGUGACGACCAUCUCCUACGUGAGUCCAAACAGGCAGUAGGAGAGGCGGCGGCGAGGGGCGAUGAGCUCACGCCAGUACUCAGCCAGCUAGUGCUGGACACGAUCACGGCGGCCAAUGCCAGGCUCGAGAUGAUCGAGGCCAUGGUGGCGAGGUUGAAGCGCAGCUACGCUGAGAGCACUACAAGGUUUUCGGAGAGGGCCAUGGUGCUGGCGUGGAACGUGGUCUGCCAGCAGAUACAGCGAGGCGACGAUGUCAACGACGCGUACCAGUACGUCAAGCAGUUUUUGGAGGCGUGGGCAGCACUGGAUGACCUGGUUGCCACCAAAAACGAGGAGCGCCGCUUCUUCUCCUAG